CGUCGUUGCCUAAACGCUUAAACUGAUGCCGAGGCAGGGCAGGGAGAGGCUCGACGCGAGGACUAAGACGUCGCCAAUGACCGGUGAGAGCGCUUUGCUUAUGGUUGUCGUGUGCGGGGAGCCGGCCUGAGGAGGGCGGUCUUAUCCGAGGAUGGCCACCGACAACAGGAUCCAUUUUUGGAGGAGAAACGCAAAGGUUCCCGGAAGGUACCCCAAAGACACCAAGCUGAAGUUCAACAAUCUGAAGUCUAAAAAGACGUCGAGCUUCCACGAGUUUGCCCGCAGCACAAAUGAUGCCUGGGACAUUGACGACGACCAGGAAGAUGACGAUUUCUUUGGAGGCCCCGCCCUCUGCUCUACCCUGCCAUCUGGGUUCACUCCAAAACAGCAUGGUGGAAUGUCACACUUGACAGGGGAGGACGCGGAGCACGAGCAUGUCAACGGCAAAGUUGUCAAGUCCAACAGCGAGGUGCACCUCAGCUCGUCCUCAGUUCGCUCCACACUGCAGAAACAGCAGUCUCUCCCGGUUCGACCCAUUAUCCCGCUUGUGGCGCGCAUUUCGGACCAGAACGCAUCGGGAGCCCCUCCCAUGACGGUGAGGGAGAAGAGCCGACUGGACAAAUUCCGGCAGCUGCUCGCUAGUGCCAACACUGACCUAGAGGAGCUCCGUAAGCACAGCUGGUCAGGUAUACCCAGGGAGGUCCGUCCCAUCACAUGGAGGCUUCUUUCUGGUUACCUGCCGGCCAACAAGGAGCGCCGUGAGCUGGUGCUCAAAAGGAAGCGGGAGGAAUACUUUGGCUUCAUCGUGCAAUAUUACAACUCCAGAACAGAUGAGCACUACAAAGACACGUACCGACAGAUUCACAUCGACAUUCCAAGGACCAACCCUCUCAUUCCAUUGUUCCAGCAGCCUGUUGUGCAAGAGGUGUUUGAGCGUAUUCUCUUCAUCUGGGCAAUUCGACACCCGGCCAGUGGUUAUGUCCAAGGAAUCAAUGAUCUGGUCACACCCUUCUUUGUUGUCUUCCUCUCCGAGUUUGUCAUGGAGGACAUGGAGAACUUUGAGGUCGCUGCCCUGCCUCUGGACACGCAAAGAAACAUCGAAGCGGACAGCUUCUGGUGCAUGAGCAAGCUGCUGGAUGGAAUACAGGACAACUACACCUUUGCUCAGCCGGGAAUCCAGAACAAAGUCAAAGCUUUGGAGGAGCUUGUCAGCCGAAUUGAUGAGGACAUUCACAAUCAUUUCAAAAAGUAUGAGGUGGAGUAUUUACAGUUUGCCUUCCGCUGGAUGAACAAUCUGUUGAUGAGGGAACUUCCACUGCGUUGCACCAUCCGUCUGUGGGACACCUACCAGGCUGAAGCAGAAGGAUUCUCCCACUUUCACUUGUACGUCUGCGCUGCGUUCCUCACUGAGUGGCGCAAAGAAAUCCUCUCCAUGAUUGACUUCCAGGGCCUUCUGAUACUACUGCAGAACCUUCCCACAAUCCACUGGGGCAAUGAAGAAGUGGGCCUCCUGCUGGCUGAAGCUUAUAGAUUGAAGUACGUGUUUGCAGACGCUCCCAGCCACUACAAGAGGUAGACGUCCUGUUCGCUGCACAUUCAACUAGACUCUGUGUCUGGCGUCCCCUCAAAGACACUGAUGUGUUGAUCUAAAACCGUCCUCACACUGGACUAAGGAGGUCCACACGGUGUUUAAAGAUCUCCAUCGUUUGCUAUUGAACACUGGACUGUUAGACUUUAAAGCACACGCCUACGCUAUCUUGCUGCAGUCAUGCGACUGAUUGUUUCUCCCGUCCUAAUGUCUUCGGAGGAGACCUUUUCGUCCUUUUUUAAAGGGAUGACGAAUGUCUUGAUCAUUCGGAAUGGAAGAUGAUCGACACGUUUUAUUUCUACUGGUUUUGGGGUUACUGUUUUAAGGAUUAAUCAUUACCUAACAGGUUGAAAAUGUUGAUGUACAGUACAGUCGUCCCUUGUCUAUCGUGGCUAAUUGGUUCCAGGUCUGACCGUGGUAAACAAAUUCACACCAAUUAGGAUUAUUGUUAGUAAAUAUUUUCAUCAUUAGAGCAUAAAAAAACCUUAUGACUUUCUAAAUAGGUUUUUUUAACAUAAUCACAGCCCUCUAAAGUUGAAAUAAAAUCCAUAUAGUCACCAUUACACAAACCUUGAGUGUGUUAUACUGUAGAUUACAGCAUACUUGCCAACCCUCCCGGUUUUCCCGGGAGACUCCCGAAUUUCAGUGACCCUCCCGAAAAUCUCCCGGGGCAAACAUUCUCCCGAAUUUCUCCUGAUUUCUACCCAGACAACAAUAUUGGGGGCGUGCCUUAAAGGCACUGCCUUUAGCGUCCUCUCUCACUUUAAAAGGAGACUAUUAUAUAUGUCUCCCUUAUCCAUAGGUUUAUCUAUAACCCAUAAAGUAGGCAGGCACACAGCCAUUUCUCAGCGUGUGUUUAUUCCAGCCGGCACGUUAAUACACUGACACACAACAUCCGGAUUCCCAUCAUGCAUUGCUUCAAAACUACGGCAAAGUAGUAAUGUCCAAAAACAUAACAAGAGACGAAGCAGAAGAACGAAGAAGAGACAUGGCGACGACGAGUAAGAAGAAGAAGUACCGGUACGCUUGCAAGUUCCAAAAUGAUUGGAAAAAAUAAUUUCAGUUCAUCCAGGACAGCUCGAAGGGGAAGGGGUAUGCUGCCUGCACAUUUUGUAGAUCAGUCUUCUCCAUUGAACACGGUGGCCAAACGGAUAUACUCAUUCAUGAAUGGAUUAUUUAUAUAUAUAUAUAUGUGUGUGUGUGUGUGUGUGUGUGUGUGUGUGUGUGUGUGUGUGUGUGUGUGUGUGUGUGUGUGUGUGUGUGUGUGUGUGUGUGUGUGUGUGUGUGUGUGUGUGUGUGUGUGUGUGUGUGUGUGUGUGUAUAUAUAAGAAA